AUGCUAGUGUCAUGCCUCGCUAUCCUCUGUGAUCGAGUUGUUGCUGAUGUACCAAGUAUAUUCACUUACUUUGGCAUUAAAUGGGGAUCACCCAACACUUACUACUAUGCCAGACACAACCUUACGAGUGGAGAUGACUUGUUGACACAAACCUUCCAAAGUUGGGAUGGUAUCGACCCAGAGUACCCAAGUGUUGCCAACACAGAUGUUGUCCAAUACUUUAGCUCAACAAAUGACAUAUCAAACUUCCCAGUCGUCUGCUCCUAUCAUAUCAAGAACAACAGCAUCACGCAAGAUCUCAUUGGAACUGGCAACAACUUUGGAUAUGGCUAUGAGCCUAUGUCACAACUUCGUUUGGUUGGCACAGACAAUGUGAUGUAUGGCAUGGGACAAGACGAAGAUACCAACUUGGCCAUGAUGAAAUAUGACUUCAAAGAGCAGACUCUUCAGCUUUAUCCAUUGCCCACCAAGAUGACCAGCUAUCUCUUUGAGUGUUACAUGGAUACAACAAGCAACAUCUUUUAUGUCCUGUUUAUUAAGGGCCAGAACUUCAACAUCUGGCUCAUCAAUGCCAAUGAUGGCACAACGAUCUCAUCACACAACAUCACAGUGGCCGAAUCACUCCAGACCUAUGACAUGUCAGGUGUAGUAUUCCUCACAGUCUAUCAGAACAAACCAUACAUCGGACUUGGCAGCUUUGACACGGUUGCGGAGCCCAAACAGUACCUGUUCGAGGUGGACCUCACUGCCAAUGUCGCCAAGGUCAUCUUUGUCCAACCCAACUUUUAUGUGCAGCCUAGCGAAAUGGGCUUUCUGCUCGACCCAAUCAAUGGAUACAUGUUGGCCGUUCUCACGAACCAGCCCAAUGUACAGGACAGUGCAUAUUUCUGGAUGAUCAAUCUGGAGACAUAUGACGCCGUGCAAUACCCCAAUCCAUACCCAAUGCCAGCCGUAACAUAUGCUGCAUAUUAUCUUGAAUAA